AUGGUGCAUGCGCAGGAGCAAUCCGUGCAGGAAACUCAGCUGGCAGCCCUUAUCUUCACAGGAGCCGCCCUUGCUUGCAUGAUGGUGGUCAUCGUUAAUAAAAUAAGCUGUUUGAACGAGCAGCGUCGCAUGAAUCAGCAGCGGGAGGAGCAGAAGAACGACGUGGAAGCAGGGCGAAGUGGUGGCCUCUGCAGCGCGCUGUGUCUCUGCCAGACGAUUGCCGACGUGAUUUGCGCGCCCAAGGACAAAGUUGACCGCGACCUGGACUAUUAUGACCGGUGCUAUGCGGAAACUGUUAAGUCGAUGGACAUCUCGGAGUCGGGAAACGACAACGUAUCGCUGCCGCGGGAAGUGAAUGCGGCCGCUCUCGCAACUGCUCAAUUUCUUGCAGCCGAGGGAAAUCUAAGCAGCUUGACAUCGUCGGAGCGAAGCCAAAUCGCCGAGAAUCGUCAAGUGAUGAAGGCGUACUUAAUCUCAAAGCUCGUCGCGCCAAAGUACCGAGUCGAAGACGGCAAGAUCAACAUGCAAAAGAAUGUUGGCCACUUGGACAGAUUCGAGCACUUCCACAGGCAAGAGGCAAUGUUCCAGCUUGUUUUCAACGGUCAAAUCGCCGUCGACACAAGAGCAACCAAGCGACAACAACGUGAAGCUAUCAAACGCCUGAAGAAGUCAUCAAAAGAUCGAAAACUCGAAAAGCAAGAAAAGAUCCCAGAGUCGGAGAAAGAAACCUCUGGCAUCGGAACUGAAGUGAAUUUCCCGUCACCGUCCAACCACCAAAAAGGGGCGGAAACAAGCAACAAGCCUAUCUCCAAACCGCCAGUUCGCGAAAAACCAAAGAGGACGGAAUCUGGCUCUUCAGCGUCCACGCAGAACUCCCGUCGAAAGAAAACGGAUGAAUAUCCGAUGUUCAAACGCCUUGCAUCAGUCGUGCGAAACAAGGGACAAGACUCGGCCGUCGGAUCUUCCAUUGGACAAUACGAUGCUGACAUCGAAUCAAUCGAGCGAGCGAAAAAUCGUCCACUGCAGGGAACACUUCAGCGCGCUCAAGACCAGAGUCGCACGUCUUCUUCCGACCGGGAAACCAAAGACGAAGACCUGGAGCCGAUCAGAGAAGAAACAUGCACCAAGGAAGCCGUGAGGAAUAUCGAGCCGAGGCCGAUUUUCUCUCAGUCAGACUUCACAUCCACUAGCAGUCAAAGUCGAACUGUAUCAAAGAACCCCUCUGAAACUUCAUGCGACUCAGAAGAAUCAAGCAGCAGUUCCAACACCAGUGGCUCGUCCACCAUCACUGUCUAG